UCCACGACUUACCGGUACGACUUGAUUUCCUGUGCACUCUCUCGUUUCCCCUUCCGAUUCCCAACGAGCGGUGCGGCUCCCGGGUCCCAUGGCUGAACCCGCCCUGCAGCAAGCGCCGGCCAACGACGGCCCCGCUGCCCCCGCCGUGGAAGCUACCCUCCCCGGCUCGGGUUCUAAGCGGCAGCGCCGCCCCAGCGUCCGCCUCGGUGACAUCGGUGAACAGCCGGCGGCCAUUCCGCACGAACCAUUCGUCCGCCGGAGCAAGCACUGGAAGCACUCCGCCGCUGCUGGGAGAGAUCAUCCCCGCCACCCUCAUGUCUCCAAGGCACGUCCCGUCAUCACUCCCGUCCCCGACGGCUCCAGGGAGUCUCCGGGCUUUUACCAGGCACCGCCGUCUUCCGCCGCGGGCAACGGGGUGCUCCUCCCCGUCGACGAGAACCUCGAGCCUCUUUCCGUCGGGGUAAGGCGGUACCGCGACGCGAAGGCCCGGAGGAGCGGCGCCGGCGGGGCCGCGGGCAGGCGGGCGAGGUCGAGCUGGACCUCCUCCAAGGUCGAUGAGGGAAUCGACGCCACCGCUGCCGACUUGAAAUCGAGCGGCGGGGAGGACGCCGGAGAGGGAGGUUGCAGGGAGUUUGAUGAUCUCCGGGCGGAGGAUUCCGAGAGUCCAUCCGAUAGAAGAGAGGCGGCGGCGGCAUUUAGGGUUAGGGUUCCGGAGACCGAGGAUAUGGGACAUGAUGGAGACGCCCCGGAAGGAGAUGCGCCAUCAGAGAACGACGGUGGGGAUUGGAACGAUCAGAAUGGACGGUGUGGAUUGCUCGAGGAUGGAGGAGUUCGAACGUGGCUGAGCCGGCUGGGGUUGGAUCGCUACGCUCCAUUGUUUGAGAUCCAUGAAGUGGACGAUGAGGUGCUUCCUUUGCUCACGAUGGAAGAUUUGAAGGACAUGGGGAUCAACGCCAUUGGGUCGAGGAGGAAGAUGUACUGUGCCAUUCAAAAGCUCAAGAAGGGAUUGCCGCAAGAGUCCUUGCAUGAAGAGUGUGGUUAACUACAAACAAAGUUGUGGCUUUUUGCUGGGAAGGAUGGAAUUACUUGCCUGAAAUGAGUUUGAUAACAAUAUGGUGAGCUAACAUGAUUCCAGCAAUGGUCUGACAAAGCACUGACACGAUUCAGGUCUGAGCAUAAAAUAUUAUGAAUGGCAACUGAACGCAAUACUAGGAAAUUUUCAAUUUUGGUUGAUCGGUGCCUGGUUGGAUCUCUGUGACACCUUGACGUUUCAAUUUUAGUCUACGUGGUUGGAAUGUAUUGCUCAUAUGGCUCCAUCACAACAUGGUUGGCGAGGAACUGGCUUUGGGCAUUGUGUAUACAGAUUUUUAGCAAAUGAUGUGCAUGGGUAUGGGAUGUUGUGGCAUAGUUGGCACGAAAUAGAGGAUGAACAAUGUAUACUGUGGCGAGCUUCCAGUAAGAUGUGAAAAUUGAAUUGGAUGGCCCAUGCUUAUGGGAUCCCUAUUGUAAUCUGGGAACUACUACUGCUUAUUGAAACACAAGAUGGGACCCAAAUUUUAAAUAGGCCCGUAUUGUUACACGCAUUUGUUAUUGAUUUGCUCUGGAA